AUGUUUUGUUUUCGUGUUAUAAAUUUUCGAAUUCCAUUCUAUAAAAGAAAUAUAAAAUUUCAAGAUAUUUUCUGUCCCAUAUAUCUGUUGCUAUGUUGGUUUGGCCUAUUUCCUUGUAACAUAAAAUUUAGCAAUAGUACUAAAAAGUAUAAAAUUUUGCAUAAAUCCGUAAUAUUUAACGCAAUAUGCGCAGUAUUUUAUAAUUUAAUAAUUAUUUCUCUUGUCAUUGUACAUGUGCGGGUUUUAACUAAUGAAAGUAGGUCCAUUGGGCUUACAGUAAUGACAACAAUAAAUUAUAGUGUUCAACUGAUAACUUUGAUGAUGUCUUGUAUUGUUACAUAUAUUUGUUCAUACCACAAGAGGUUUAAUUAUGCAAAUAUUUUAAAUAAACUAGCAUGUUCUUGGUUCUCGCUCCCAAACACCAACUGUUAUAUACUGAGACGAUUGUACAAUCAUACCUUAAUAUGUAUAACAAUACUGAUCAUGAUUGUUUUGAGUCUAAUAAUUGUAGUCUGCACACGGGAAGGACUUAUUUGGGAAAGCUUAUUGAUGACUUUCUCCUUUGAUUUACCCCAAUUUAUUCUAUAUGUAGUAAUAACAUUUUAUUACAUGCUAAUGCUCACUAUAAGGGCAGUAUUAAGUAACAUAAAAGAAAACUGUCUAAACUUAAUGAAAGUAAAGAAUACACCACAAUACUAUAUAAAUUUGGAGACUAAAAAAUCUACUGUGUCUACAAAAUACUUGGAAUUAGUUUAUGUCCAAACUAUUGAAGUUAAAUGCGAAAUUAUUAAAGCAUUUAGAAUGACCAUAAUAUUGAUAUUGAUACAAAUAUUUCAUGCAAUAGUUACAAUUGCUCUCACCUUAUACCAUCAGAUUAUGUUUCAUAUAAAUAUUUCAACAUACAACAUUGUCGUCUCUGCAUUACAUCUGUGUUUUCAAAUAUUGAAAUUGUACGCAUUAGCCGAUUCAGGUGACAUGUUAAAAAUUGAGGUAAAUGAAAUAGCACGUGCUCUCCAUAACAUUCCUAUAAAACAAAACAUUGGAAUAAUGAUGAAGGUGCAGCGUUUUUCUACUCUGAUUUCUUAUUUCAGUCCUGUGGUAACAGUGUAUGACUUCUUCCCACUCGACGCCACUUUGAUAUUCAACGUAUUGGCGUCUGCUACAACUUAUUUUAUCAUUUUUGUACAAUUAGAAAAGAAAUAACUUAAAGACGGUAUCAUUCUAAUUCCUUAAUUAGAUAUACGAAUAGAAUUAAAUAUAACAAUGCUAUAAAGUAUAAUAAAUAAUACUUUUGUUGUAUGAAUCGUAGUAUAAGUACUUAAUUUAAAAUAUUUCUUUGCUUA